AUGGCUUUUUCAACUGGGAAUGGCACCACUACCACUGGCUCUGGAUCUCCUUGUGGGGCAUGCAAGUUCCUCAGACGAAAGUGUGCAAUUGACUGCAUCUUUGCACCUUACUUUUGUUCCCAACAAGGAGCUGCUAAAUUUGCAGCCAUCCAUAAAGUGUUUGGUGCUAGCAACGUUUCCAAGUUGCUCUUCCAUAUACCAGCUCAUCAUCGUUGUGAGGCUGUGGUAACAAUUACUUAUGAGGCACAAGCUCGUAUAAGAGAUCCUGUUUAUGGUUGUGUCUCCCAUAUUUUUGCCUUACAGCAACAGGUAGCAUGCUUGCAGGCACAACUGAUCCAUAUGAAGGCACAACUGGCUCAGAACCUGAUGGAGUCCAGGAACUUGGAGAAUCAGUGGUCAGGGAAUGUUGUUGGACAACAAUUCAAUCCAUUUUGUCCCAUUUCCAUGAACCCUAUAUCUCCUCUGAGCUCGCUUGAUUCAAUUGACUAUAGCAAAAUCAGAGAUUGUAUGAGCACGCAUGAUGUACAAAGAAAAGAGGAUUUCUCAUUUCAAGCUUGUUCUAAGAAAAUAUCAUACGAUAAUGACUUGGGUGAGCUGCAAGAAUUGGCACUCAGGAUGAUGGGGAACUAUAAUUAG